GCUACACUUAAUAUUAAUCAUGUUAAUCAUGUCAGGUUCGCCUAUUUGCUGAAGGAAAAACAAUUUAUAGCUCCUACAUCUGUAGCUGACUGACACAUAGUUGGCAGAGCUCCAAGAUUUAUUUUAAGAUGUGUAGCAAAGCCUGCUGUUUUACAAAGGCGCCAUGAAGUUUUUUUCCUUAAAAAAAAACAACUUCCAGUGACCAUUUGAGUGCCUCCGCUCUCCAGAGUUGUAACCAAGUGAGGGAAGCUAUUUCUCCCACAUAUGGUGCACAUAAACAGCGGCUUGUGACGCAUACUGUUACAGCAUCAUAAAAAAAGUCAAUUUUGCACAAUUGUGGACCUAUUAAGUGUCUUUAUUGUUAAAUAAAAAGUGCAUGUCCUCCUCUCAUGCUUGAACAUGCGUGAUCCACCCACACGCACAGACAUACAUAAACAUGAACACGUGAGCUGUGUUCCGCAACUCUGAUGACUGCAAACCUGCAACAUGAGGGUUGAGGGUUGGAGGGGGGGAGCAGCGCUGCGGCGGAUCGUUUUGGUUUACAUUCGCUUUUCCUCAUUUGGCUCCCAGUUCUCAUGCACAGCGUAUUAGGGGCCAGCUGUGUUGGCCCGCACACUACACAUGAGCCUGAUUAUGACUCAGUAUUGCAUUACUGACAUUCCGCCAUAGCCCUCUUUUCUGUACUCCCUCUUUUCUUCCCCUCGCCUCCCUCCCUCUCUAUCCUCAGGCUGGGCAGAUUUGCUGAGCAACCGCCUCCCCUCCUCCGCCUCCUCUCCCUCCUCCCUCUUUUACCCCUCCCUUGACCCCCCUUUGCGAAGCCUGUGCGACGCUUGAGCCACUUCCAAUGGAACUACCUUGCACGAGUGGACGUUACACAUGUUGCUCUGCUGCUCACCUCAACGCACAAUAUUUCACACACAGCUGUUGAGAGGGAAGAGGAUAUGAGCGGGAGGAGGGGUGGGGGUGGAAAUUAAAACCCACCAGGGAUGCGCAUACAGUGAUUGGCUUUGUAGCUCAUUACAAUGACCUCUAUAUACUGUAAAUGUGGAAACGUGUAAGUGUGUGUGUGUUUUCAUUAAAAUGACGGGCGGCUACGUGACAGGUAGGAAGGAGCUCACUGUUUUAAAAAUCCCACACUGCGAUAAUCCAGUGUGAGGAGGAGGAGGAGGCUCAUACCACUCGUCGCUAGGCCAGCCUCGAUGCUGCCCACCGCGAGUUAACCGGGCCUAGCCGUCUGUCUUUUCAGCCCCCGUGUGAGUCUCUCUGCUCUGUGCUCUUUCCUCUCUGUCACUUCCUCCCUCCUCUUCUCCCCCCGCCUCACUCCUCUUUUCGCUCUUACCUCUCUUGUGUUCUCCUUGCCAGUCAGCCCCUCCCUCUCUCCCUCGCCUCUUCCUGACUUCUUUUCCUCCCCCCUCUCCUCUCCUCUCUCGCUCUGCCUCUCCUCUCUCUCUGUGUCACUGGAGAGCGUCUCAGUGUGAAAAUGCCAUCCUGCUCUCCAGACUGUUGCCUCUUUCAGGCUGUGGAGAUAGUGAAGGUGUGGAGCGAGGAUGGGGCCGGUAAAGUGGUGGAGAUCCCGGCGGAUAUGACUGCCAGAGAUGUGUGCCAGCUCCUGGUCUACAAGAGCCACUGUGUGGACGACAAUGCAUGGACGUUGGUGGAGCACCACCCCAUCCUUGGCCUUGAGAGAUGCCUGGAGGACCACGAGCUGGUGGUUCAGGUUCAAGCUUCCAUGAGCAGCGACAGCAAAUUCCUCUUCAGGAAGAACUAUGCCAAAUAUGAAUUCUUCAGGAACCCCCUGAACUUUUUUCCAGAGCAGAUGGUGGCUUGGUGUCAGGAGUCUGAUGGCACAAUCCCUCAAUCGCAGCUCUUGCAGAACUUUCUCAACUCAAGCAGCUGUCCAGAGAUUCAGGGCUACCUGUACAUGAAGGAACCUGGGCGCAAGUCCUGGAAGAAGCUCUACAUGUUCUUGCGACGCUCCGGCCUCUACUUCUCCACUAAAGGAACAUCCAAGGAGCCCCGACACCUGCAGCUUUUGUCCGAUUUGGACGACAGCAACAUCUUCACCAUUAUCACUGGCAGAAAACUGCACAACGCCCCCACAGACUUCCAGUUCUGCAUCAAGCCCAGUAAAGCCAGGGGUGACUGUAAAGAGAUGAAGAUGCUGUGUGCUGAAGACGAGCAGAGUAGGACCUGCUGGAUGACUGCUUUCAGACUUCUUAAGUAUGGCAUCGUCCUAUAUAAGAGUUACAGCGUGCCCCAGCACAGGAAGCCAAACCUGUCACAUUUCUCCACACCUGUGCGGAGUGUGUCUGAAAACUCUUUGGUGGCGAUGGACUUCUCAGGACGGACCGGCCGGGUCAUCGACAACCCGGUUGAGGCUCAGAGCGCCGCCCUAGAGGAGGGACAGACAUGGCGGAAACGGAGCCAGCGUAUGAAUGUCCUGGGCAGCCCGUCACCCUUGCAUCCGUCCUCUUUGAGCACAGUCAUCCACAGGACGCAGGUUUGGUUUCAUGGUCGCAUCAUGAGAGAAGACGCCCACAAAAUGAUCAUACAACAAGGCCAAGUAGAUGGGUUAUUUCUGUUGCGGGAUAGUCAGAGUAACCCCAAGGCCUUUGUGCUCACCAUGUGCCACCACCAGAAGAUCAAGCACUUCCAAAUUCUCCCGUGCGAGGAAGACGGUCAGGUGUUCUUCAGCCUGGACGACGGCGCCACCAAGUUCACCGACCUGAUUCACCUGGUGGAGUUCUACCAGCUCAACAGAGGAGUGCUGCCCUGCAAGCUCAAACACCCGUGCACCGCCGUGGCCUUGUGACACUCCUCUUCCCCUUCUUCUGCACCAGUUUUUUUAAAUGUACAUUUUUGCACACCCUUAUACCCCUGAGAUCCCACCUGACCUAUCCGCCCUUCUCUCGUACCAGUCGGGUGAGUCCAAUUUCGGGGGUGAUGUGAACAAACAAGCUUUUCUCCGCCUUAUUGCUGUUUGGAUGUUUGACGCGACGCGUGGCGGAUUGUGGACUUGUUGCCAAGGAGACCAGAACGUUUGUUUGUUUAAGGUGCAGGUCUCUCAUAUGGCUCUCCCUCCCCUCACCUUUCCUCCAGGCCUGAUAAGCUGUGGUGCAGGAAGCGCCACCCCUUCUUCAUUGAUCAUCAGGGAUGGACGGGAAUCCCUCUGGAUCUCAAGCAAACUUUUUUUUUUUUGGAUCCAAGAGGGUUUUCUCAACCUGUGCAGUCCAGUCUGGAUAAGCUGACACCAUGAUGACACCGCCCACUUCACAAAGCACCCCCUCCUCCCCCACCCCCACCCCAUGUGUGGCUCUACUGCUGUGUCCAGGUGGUGCAACCCUUCAUCUCCUCCUUCUCUUCUAAACAAGGCGAGGCUUAUCAGAAAGGACAAAGGAAUGUUUAUCAGGAAGGCCGGAAUGAGCCUCUCUUUUAGACUUGGAUUACUUGAUGUCAUUUUAAUGCUGUUUUAUUACUGUUGAUUCAAUGCAGAACUAGUUUGCACUCGCGGGGGCGGGGGGUGGGGGUGGGGGUACUCUCUAUCCCAAUGAAGCGGCCUGCCAUCCUCCUCUUCUCUUACAUUGUGAGAUUGACGAUGAUUGGAUUACAUGAGGGGCAAAUAGAGUCACGGCUGACGAUGCAGUGCCUUCCCGGAAGCUUUGGGAACAUCUUGUGUAGCUCAUACCAUCACGGCCACACUACUGUUAGAACAACAAGGAGAAAGAAUGUGCUCUGGAAGUGGCUCAAAGACGAGGAGGAGGAACCAUUUUCUAUCUAAAAGGGUCAUUUGUCGGCUUUUUGAAUGUCGUUUUCUUUUCUGAGCUUGCUGCUUGCACAUUUCCAGUGAUCCUGAUGUGAUAGUGAAAGGUUGGAGCCAUCCUGACCACUCCGCCCCCCCCCCCCCCCCCAUGCCCCACGCCCCCAUGCCCGCUCAGAAGAGACAAAUCAAAGAUAAGCACUCCCAUCAUUGUUUUGUUUUUGUUUUGCUUUGUUUUAAAUGAACAAAAAGACUUGAAGUGUGAACUCAAACACAGAAUCAAAUGAGCUUCACUUGCCUUAGGUGAAAAUAAUGAGACUUGUAUAUAUUCCAUUGAAAAUUAUAUAUGAAGAUGCACACAUGGCAAAGGAACAAUUAGCAACAAGAUGGCCGCCACUGUCAUGACUACAUGCUAACUGUGGACAACAACUUGCUGGUCUAAGAAAAAAAACAGCUUGACUUGCUAACAUCCACCCAAACGCCCCUCUAACAGAUAAUAUUCUUCAUUUAAUCAAAUUAUGAACAUUGUAUUUUUUUUCUUUUUUGGCACAAUUGCUGGCUGUUUUAGUGCGCUAAGCUCAUGGUGGCAAGAAACACGUAAAUGCUAAAAUGUGGAAUCCAACUUCAUUAUUUUAAAAAUAUAUCCUAACCAAUCACCUAACAGUUAUAGACCUUUUUUGUCAAUUGUAGUUUUAAUGUGGAAAAAAUCACAACAAGAUGGCCGCCACUGUUGUGAGACUUUCCAACAAAAUUCACCUGAAAGGCCGUCUAUCAGGUCACUAUUCUUCACUGCAUGCACACACAAAUGAAUAGAGGUUUACUUUUGUGCUCAUUUGUGGAACAAAUAUAUAGAAUGUUAAACUCCAUUAGCACUAAAAUCCUUUGGUUUCUAACAAUUCCCAGCAAGAUGGCCGCCACUGUCAUGACUAUACGCUUACUAUGGAGCAACUUUGCAUUAAACGCCAGCAGUGCUAACAAAAGCCAGCCACCUAAGAACGCUCUUAACAAGUCAUUAUUUAUUUAAUCAAAUCAAAAGAUUUUUUGCUAAUCUGCUAAAAUACUUGUUGCUGGCUGCGUUUUAGUGCGCUAGGCUAAUGACUGCUAGCUGGUGGCUAACUUUUGGCUAGAAGCAAAUAUUCUUACUAUUUAAGAUUUAUCUGGGUAUAUCUGACCAAAAUGGAGGCAGUCAUGUGGGUAUUAGCAGCAAACACUGUCUGCCGUUAAGAUUGACAUAUAAUGCAAAACAGACGUAAGGCUUUGUACUACAUUAGGCUUACUAGCUGCUUGCAGUCUUUCAAUAAGUGAGGAGGUGUUUGUAGCUUAGCUUGGGUGUUUGGACCAAAACUGGAGUCAAAUUUACACAAUUUUGGGGGUAAACGGACUGAUGGUAAACUGCAGUGAAAGUGGAUGAGGAAGAUGAUAUGGUCAGCGAAAUGACCACAGCAGAUCUGUCAGAUAAGAGUAUGUACUAUUUCAACACAAAAGGAUUAAAAAUACGCACAAAUGGAGGAAAAUGCUUGUUUGGAUGAAAGUCGUAGUGAAUGUGCACCGCAAUGGCGACCCCCCGCUUAUGUCGAGGGGCGUGGACAUACACGAGUACCAACGAUAAACAGUGCCCGAGUGGUAAUCUAUUAUCUCCCGGAAAAGAAGGCUUUCCCUGCCCCUCCAUCCCCAGAAAAUCUAUUCUGUGCCAGAGCACGGUUAGCACAAGGCACACCGCCUCCGCCCGCUCGCCCACGACACCAUGUGACUUUGCCCCCAUCGGGCCCACCAGGGCAGACUCUCUCUCUCCAGGGAUUGGUUAAUGCUUGAAGCCCCCUCGCCCCCACCCACCUCCCCCGGCCCUUCUCCCACCUGUGUCCAGCCAGUAAGCUAUGAGUGUGUGUGUGUGUGUGUGUGUGUGUGGCUCGACUGUUAUAUUCACUCUUCAUUGCUAACUUCUGGUUAUCAUAUUUGCCUUUUUACAGAGCAAAGCCAGAGGAAAGGUGACGUGAUGCCUUAGAUCUAGAUUUUAUUAGGAGGGGGGCGGGUUUGAACUACAAUACUAGAGACCAGUAGGCACUAUUCCCCCACCCCCACCCUCCUUUUUUUUAAUCACUGUGCUUGUUCAAGUCCAAGGUUAAAGAGCAGUCUAGAUGUUGAAUGAGUGAAUAUGUGAAGCUCUAACAAACACUGUACCUAGGUCACAGAUCACUACGUGUGGGCGUUAUGCUGUGCUCAUAACUCCGUGUAAAAUGAAGAAUGCUUUAUUUUAUCCUUAAUUCCUUAUUAUUUCAUGAUGUGUACAUUGACAUUAUUGUGUAUUUUCUUUUUUUUUUGCCACAAAAUGACCUUAUAAAUAUAUAUAUAUGAAAUAAUAUACCAAGCUAUAUACAGUAUUAAAUUAAGCUUUUCUCCCCCAAAGUUUCCUUCAAGAGAUCAAACUGGAUGGGUUUGUUUUCCAAAAACGAAGUGUCCAAAUACUUUACUAUCAAGGAGUGUUAGGGUCAUGCACUGAAAAGAAAAUGUUAUUUUUGUACUAUUUUUUUGUGAAAAGUUGUGGUAUGACAAGAACAAAGUUGCUAAGUUAUGAGAUAAAAGUCAUAGUGUUACAAGAAUAAAUGCCAUUUUUUUUAGAAAACCAUAUAAAGUUAAGAAUAAUGUCAUAUAAUUUUUCCACCAUUCAAAAAAUAUUUUUAAAAUUUAAAGGUUUUGCUGACAAAUGACAUUCAUAAAAAUUUAAAAAGACAUUCGUGACUUAAUUCUUACAAACAUUGAAUUUUUAGAUGUAGAAUUCCUACCAUUAAAUUUAGACUUUUUCUGCUGAAAUUGUGACUUAUUUCUAGUAAAAUUAGAAUGUUACACUUAUUGUUCUACAUAUUUUUUCCACGUCAUUCUUUUGUUCUGCUGAAAUUAGGACGUUCAUUUUUCCAAAUUUUGUAAUACUCUUGUAUUUGUGACUCUUUCCUUGCAAAAGAACACAAUUCUGGGGAAAAAAAAAAAUAAUUUCAUUCUAAAAUUAUGACUUUUUCCUGUCAAAAUAAAUUGGGCUCCUGCUGAAAUUAUUGUCAUUAAAUUAAAUUCAGAAAAAUCAAGACGUUUGUGAUUUAAUCUUGACAACAUAAACAAAUUUAGCCCCUGUAAUAUUGUGACAAAAUUGCUCAUUAUUUUUUCCUCUUGUUUGUUUCUGGCAGAAAAUAUGACUUGAGCUCAAAUAAUUGUCACAAAAUGCAAAAUUUACUUGUGCAGCAAGUUGUUAAUUUUCACAAAAUUUACAUUCUCCCCUUUUAAAAUGUACACUUUUUUUUUUUGCUAAAAUUGUGACUUAAUUCUUGUGAAAGUAGAACCUUACACUACACCUGUAUAAAUGUUUUUUUUUCCUCUAUAAUUUUCUGACAUUAUUCAUGUCAAUCGAGGACUUGGUUUUCCCAAAACCAAUAAGGUACUUUAGUCUUGUAAAAUUUAUUUUUUUUCAGGUAAAAUUAGGAUGCUAAUUCUGGCACAUUUAACAAAAAAAAUCUUCACUAAACUGACUUUGUCUUGCAAUAUUACAGCUUCCUUCAUGUAUGUAUUUUUUCAGUGUUGGCCCUACUACUACUUUGUAUUAAAAAAAAAAAAAGGUAUAUGACAUCAGUCAUUUAAAGCCACAUUUCUUAAAAAAAAAAAAAAAUCUGUCCAUUGCGUUAGUUGAUGGACAUACAUUCAUACAGUAACCCAUCCAGUAUGCACACACACACAUGGAGUAAGAGUGUUUUUCCAUGGUAAUCUGUAGCAUCUCCAACCAUUGUCCAUUUCCUCCCACUUGAAGGUGCGUUCCAUAAUGGAGCUUAUUGCAGCAGGUGCCUCUUAUUUGUCCUAUCCUCAUUUUUGCCGUCCACUCUUUAUUUUUUAUUUUUAUGUUUUCACAGUGGUGACAGUGUUGCUCUUUUCCAUAAGCUGAGUCAUGAUAAGCUCCAUCAGUCAACACACAUCAGGGAAAAAGGACAAUUCGGCAAAAAUACAAACACGCUCAUUAUGUUUCAUCCAUGUGCUUUUUGCUUCAUAUUCUGUCUACACAGCUCCUGGAUCUACAUUGUAUCCUGUUCAGGUAUUUUUGUACAAAUAAGGGACUGGUAUAUUCUCUGUUUAUUGGAAAUUAGAAUAAACUACAACGUUGCUAUAAACCAAA